UUUUUAACUUUGGGCCAAUGCUCACCUGUUUCACUUGAGGCAUUAGGUCCCAGUCGCGUACCCACACCUGACAGCAAAAUGUCUGACAAAGGAGCCUUCGAUACCAACGUGCUGACCCUCACCAGGUUUGUUCUGGAGGAGGGCAGGAAGGCACAGGGCACAGGUGAAUUGACGAACCUGCUCAACUCCAUCUGCACAGCUGUCAAAGCCAUUUCCACUGCUGUCAGGAAGGCUGGGAUCGCUAACCUAUAUGGCAUUGCCGGAAGCACUAAUGUGACAGGGGACCAGGUGAAGAAGCUGGAUGUUCUGUCCAAUGACCUGGUCAUCAACAUGAUCAAGUCUUCCUUCACCUCCUGUGUGCUUGUGUCAGAGGAGGAUGAGAAGGCCAUCAUUGUGGAACCAGACAAGAGAGGAAAGUACAUUGUGUGCUUUGAUCCACUGGAUGGCUCCUCAAACAUUGACUGUCUGGUCUCUAUUGGAACAAUUUUUGCCAUCUACAAAAAGACCACAGACGAUGAGCCAUCUGAGAAGGAUGCUCUGCAGCCUGGAAGAAACAUUGUUGCUGCUGGUUAUGCUCUGUAUGGUAGUGCCACCAUGAUGGUCCUCUCCACUGGUCAGGGAGUCAACUGCUUCAUGCUCGACCCUGCAAUCGGUGAGUUCAUCUUGGUGGAUCGUGAUGUGAAGAUUAAGAAGAGGGGAAAAAUCUACAGUUUGAAUGAAGGAUAUGCACAGCACUUCUAUCCAGAUGUGACAGAGUACCUACAAAAGAAGAAAUACCCAGAGGAUGGUUCUGCUCCAUAUGGCAGUCGAUAUGUUGGUUCAAUGGUGGCUGAUGUUCAUCGUACGUUGGUGUAUGGAGGAAUCUUUUUAUACCCUGCUAAUGUCAAGAGUCCAAAGGGCAAGCUGAGGCUGCUGUAUGAAUGCAACCCCAUGGCCUUUAUCAUGGAGCAGGCAGGAGGCAUGGCCACAACAGGAUCCAUGAAUGUUUUGGACAUCCAGCCCACCACAAUCCACCAACGAGUCCCUGUGGUCCUUGGAUCCCCUGACGAUGUGCAAGAAUAUCUGUCCAUUUACAAGAAGCAUAACAAAUGAAGUACUCAGGUCUGCUAUGUAAAAAACUUACACAAGACAGUAUAAAGACGGCAUCAAAUUGCAAACUGUUGGGGAUGAUAAAUUAGUUUUUUUUUUCAGUCUCUCUGAAUACAAUCCACCUGACACUGUGCUAUUUCCAACUCACUGCUGUGUGUGUUAUUUGAAGAGACUUACACCGUAUUUUUUAAAUAAAGACAAAUGAAAAGAU